AGCAUCGCAAAAAAAAUUGAAACCUGGAAUUGAAACUUGCAAAAACACUGGGAAAAGGGAAAAUGACGAUGUUUCACUUCUUCAACUGUGCCAUUCUCACCUUCGGUCCACACGCCGUCUACUACUCCGCCACUACCCUAUCGGAGUAUGAUACUUUUGGUACCUCUGUUAAAGCCGCCCUUGUUUAUCUAGGAACAGUUUUGGUAAAGCUUGUUUGCCUUGCAACGUUUUUGCAGGUGUCUGAGAACGAUGGCUUUGACCCAUAUCAGGAACUCUUGAAAGUGCUGAUUGGUUUUAUAGAUGUUGCUGGACUUUAUUUUGCCUUAACACAGUUGACACACAGGAAUAUCUCUCAAAUUCAUAAAUUUCAAGCUGUUGGACUUGGAUGGGCUUUUGCUGACUCUGUUCUACAUAGAUUGGCACCUCUUUGGGUGGGAGCUAAGGGGCUAGAAUUCACUUGGGAUUACAUUCUACAAGGCCUGGAAGCAAAUGCUAAUUUGGUGUUGAGUAUAUCUCUCGCAGCAUUGGGAUCUUUGAUUUGGCUUCGAAAGAACAAGCCUAAGACUUUGAUUCCCGUAAUAUAUGCAUGUGCUGGAAUUGUGGCAACCAUGCCAUCUAUUACAAGCUACUUAAGGCGAGGUUUGGGAUGGCACUUUCCAGAGGUGGUAGGCUUCGAAUUAUUCACAUCUUUGGUGAUGGCUUUCUUUAGUUGGCAAUUGUUUUCUGCAUGCCAAAGACCCUCUGCAUGAGUAGCUAUGUUUACGGCCUUCAAUACCAUUAGUUGUUUGAAGCGAUACACUCGUUGUCCAUCAAUUACUCUUCGCAUGUUUCUUCUGUGGUUCUUCCCUCGGGCUGCCCCGUUGUCUACUUUGGAUUUCGAUCUACUUUGUAGUUUGAAAGUUUGAUCAUUGUUGGAAGUUGGAACUAUCUGACAUUAAUGUUGGAUUUUUGCCUAAGGCACA